AUGAAGGCUAUAGAUACGGACGCUGUUAAAGGCUCGCAAGAGUAUCAUGAGCAUGCGGUAGCUCCUGAGCAAGGAAGCAUCAAGAAAUUCGAAAUAGAAUCUUCGACAAGCGAACAAACCGUAUGGCAGGAGCUGAAGUCAAAUCAUCGCGUAGUCGCAUACGCUUUCCUUGCCAACGCAGGCUCUCUGACAUUCGGCUUCGAUAUUCUCGUCACUGGCGCUAUAACGGCGUUACCUUCAUUCUCUAUGUCAUUUGGGGAACAAUAUAAAGGCCAGUUGAUUCUGCCAGCCUUAUGGCAAGGACUUUGGACAGCGUUCAUUCAAAUUGGGAUCAUGAUGGGAGCUGCAUUCAACGGGCCCUUUCAAGACAAGUUUGGCCGUCGCCUUGCAUUCGCUCUCGGAGGAGUCGCAACUGCGUUGGGCACCGCGAUGGCAUUUACCUCGCCCGACUUAAAGACCCUUGUAGCUCGCCGCGUUCUCUUCCUCUUUUCGAAGAUCGUGACAGGGAUGGGAAUGGGCAUUCUAAUGACGACCUGCCAGACAUAUAUAUCCGAUAUCUCGCCAGUCAAGUUGAGGGGUGCUCUUUUGGCAUUCUUUCCAUUCAUGACGUCUGUUGGCCAAAUGAUUGCCAUAACCAUUGUAUUCUCGCGUAUCAUGGUACUGGAUAUUUCAUCCUUCAAGGUCCCGUUCGCAACCCAGUGGGCAUUCUCAGGGCUGGCUCUACUUGCUGCUUUGAUUCUCCCAGAAUCUCCAGUCAUUCUCGUCUCCCAAGACAAGACCGAAGCAGCACAAAAGUCUUAUUCUAGGCUACAUGGUUCAACAUCUGACGUCGCCCUCGCAUUGACACAAAUCCGCGCUGUAUUGGACCAUGAAAAGGAAUUAGACGCUAGCUCAGGAAACAGUUCCUUCUCAGAAUGUUUCCAAGGAGUCAAUCGUCGCCGAACGUUCAUUAUCAUUAUUGUUGCCUUGCUUCAGUACUUCCUUGGAGUUUCUAUCUUAGCAAACGCAAAUUACUUCUUGAUCAUGGCUGGUAUGAGUCCUACUCAGUCACUACAAAUGUCUCAGAUUGGCGUUGGGGUAUCGAUGGUGACCAUCGCCAUUGCCUUUGUCACUAUCACGAAGUUUGGGAGGCGCACUAUUGUCCUAUGGAGCUCGAUUGCCGCGGCUACUGUUUUCGUUGCAAUGGGCAUUGCGGGUUGCUUCCCCGAUAACAAAUCAGCGACGAGGUUCGUCGGAGCAUCAAUUAUUGCCUCUGGUGCAGUCACCAAUCUCGGUGUCGGCGCAACAUGGCCGGUGUUGAUUUCCGAGCUAUCUUCUGUCCGUCUCCGUGCCAAAUCAUCGGCAAUCGGUUUCAUCACCAACGCCUUCGCGGGAGUCGUUUUCAGUAUUAGUGUUCCGUACAUGUUCAAUGUGGAUGCUGGCAACUUGGGGGGCAAGAUUGGGUUCAUUUUCGCGGCUUUGUCGAUUCUUUCAUUUGUGCUUUCAUUUCUAUUCGUCCCUGAGACGAAAGCGAGGUCAUUUGAAGAAUUGGAUAUCUUGUUUGAGAGGCGCGUAUCUGCAAGAAGGUUUGCGACAACCCUGAUCUAG